AGUUGGUCACGUCGAACGACAAACGCUAACAGUUAGCAGUGCCAUCAACGCCUUUAUAUAUCAUCACAACCGUAACGUCGACGAUAAUGCCUAUUCCUGCCGUUCCCUUCACACUUUGUUGCCGGCUGAAUCCAUUGCUAUUUAUCUCAUAUUAGCUGUACCUAAGUAAUUAUGGCGGAUAAGCAUAUGCGCGCGCUUCAGUAUGAUUCCUUUGGAGGAGGAGCUGCUGCUCUUAAGCAUGUUGAAGUUCCUAUUCCUAAGCCAAGUAAAGGCGAACUGCUUUUAAAACUCGAGGCGACUAGCAUAAAUCCAGUCGAUUGGAAGAUACAGAAAGGCAUGUUACGCCCUCUGUUCCCACGCAAAUUCCCUUGGAUACCAGCCACUGAUGUAGCAGGAGAGGUGAUAGAUGUUGGACCUGGAGUAAAUAAUUUCAAAGUUGGUGAUAAAGUUGUAUCCAUGCUUGACGUUUUUAAAGGCGGAGGACUAUCUGAGUAUGCGGUGGGCAGUCAAAAACUAACCGUUUUGAGACCACCAGAAGUAUCAGCAGCCGAAGGUGCCGGGCUACCCGUAGCUGGUCUUACAGCACUCCAAGCCCUAACCUAUCACGGCGGUAUCACCCUAGACAAAACCGGCCCCACCACCAACGUCCUCAUCACCGCCGCUUCAGGCGGUGUAGGCCAAUACGCCGUCCAACUAGCCAAACUAGGUAACAUCCACGUCACCGCCACUUGCGGGGAACGCAACAUAGACUUAGUUAAAAGCCUAGGAGCCGACGAAGUUAUUGAUUACAAAACCCCACAAGGUGCCGCUCUAAAAAGCCCAUCGGAUAAGAAAUAUGAUGUUGUGGUUCAUUGUGCCACUCCUAUUCCUUGGUCUACUUUCGAGCCGAAUCUUGGCCCGAAUGGGAAGGUCAUAGACAUAACACCGAAUGCUAGCGCCUUUUGGACUGCGGUCGUGAAGAAAGUCACUUGCUCGAAAAAGAAAUUGGUCCCGAGUCUUUUGAUUCCGAAAGCUGAGAACUUGGAGUACCUGGUUGGGUUGGUGAAGGAGGGAAAACUUAAAACGGUUAUCGACUCGAAAUAUCCGUUAAGUGAGGGUGAAGAGGCUUGGGCCAAGAGCAUUGAUGGGCAUGCUACUGGUAAGAUUAUUGUUGAGCCUUAGUUGAGAUGUUGGACUUGUAAGUUUGUUGAUGCUUAUUUGUAUUAUAUUAUAAUAUAAUAUGGUUAAUUUGUUAAAUUCAUUGUGGGACUUGAAUCUCAUUUAUUGUGCAACUUAAAUCUUCUUCAUUGGCAUG